CGGCCACGACAUGACCCGACCCUCCAAAAGUCAAAUGCGCUAAUUAAUCCCAAAUUCUAUCCUGAUUCGCCAUUUUUAUGCCAGGCUCCAUCGAGCAAGUCUUGUCAAACUUCUCCACCAUCCCAUAUUGAUAUUCCGAGUAUCCGCCUGUAAAGCCCGUUGGCACGCACUCCCUUUUCCCCAGAGGCCAGAGCCCAUCUCAUUCUGCACCAAAUUUAUAGCCCCAAAGCCGAGAUCGGGAUUCGGGACGGGAGAAGGCGCAUGGGUUUGUGGCGCCGGAGAGAGGCGCGUUAAAUUAUGGACCUCCUGGAUCGCUCGGAAGAUGAAGAGGAGCAGCGGAGCCACUACGGCGGCGCCAGCGGAAGCAGCAGCAGCUUCAGCGGCAGCAGGGGGUCAAGGUUCGGCGCGCGGCGGCUGAAGCCGGGGUCCAAGAGCCACCACCAGCUGCUGCUCAUGGACAGCGUCGGCAACGGCAACGGCAACGGGGACUGCCGCGCGCCGUCGGAGGAGGAAGCCGAGAUCGUGCCGCUGCCGGAGUACGAGCGGCUGUCCCAGUCCGCGCGCCUUCCGGACGACCCGGACCCGAAGAACCCGCUGCUCCCCCCGCCGGCUGCCAGGAAGGGCGCGUCGCCGCGGCAGCAGCAGCAGCAGCAGCAGAAGCCGGCGGCGUGGAGGCUGAUCGAGUACGUGCGGUCCAGGCACAGGUCCGGCUCGUCGGACGGCGACUCCAGGAGCUCCGACGGGGAGAAGGAGAAGGAUGACGGCGGCGAGGAGUGCGGACAGGAGGCGAGCAACGACAAGAAGACGACGACGACGAAGAAGAAGCGGUCGUCGUGGCUGCCGGACCCCGACCGCCGGUGGCCGGUGCAGGGGUUUUACUAGGAAAUGAUGUUCCGCCGUGUCGUGGACUUGUCGCCGCUUCUCAUUGCAUUGCGGCUCUGGUCUUCGUUCUUUUAUCUGUUUCCUUCUGCGUUGCCCGACCUCCCUCGUGGUCUCUCGCCCUGUCGACGGGGGAGGAGUGAGACGAUCUAACACUGCCUUUGCUCUUCCUCUUUUUUUUGCGAUUAACGUUGCUUUUUGCUUUUGACGCUUGUGUUUCCGGUCGAGAUGUACAAAUGCACGCCUAUUUGCAUUUGCGUGUGUGCAAAGAUUGUCGUGGAGAUUCGGAACUACCUCUCGUUUCUAUGCCAUUUCAUUUGUCUUUUUUAGGAUACAAAUGAUUGUACUUUUGAAUUCUGGUAUAGAUGACCGCACUAGAUCCUUGCAUCACAGUAAAUUUUUUUAUAGAAA